AUGAAAUCGACGACCAGCACUCCCAUGAAGGUAACAAAGAUGUUGCAGCAAAGGGAAUUACGAACACGGCCAUUGCCUUCUUCGAAGCAAACGGAGAAAGUAAGUAACGUUCUCAUCCAAACGAAGGAACCGUUACACGUAUUUUGUCGUAUUAAGUCACUGCCUUCCGAUGGCGAUCUAUGCUGUGUUCGUGUGUUAAACUCUGCCAAAAUUAUUUUAGAAACACCUUUCCAAGUCUUGGAUAAUAAACAAGCAGCCCAAAAAGAAACCCAAUAUGUGUUUAGGCAUGUAUUUGAAUCGCAAGCAUCGCAACAGGAUAUUUUCUCCACCGUAGCCCAACCAAUGGUGGAAAAUUUAAUAAGAGGUCAUAACGGUUUACUUUUCACCUACGGAGUAACGGGCAGUGGUAAAACUUAUACAAUGACAGGAGACGCGAACCAUCGAGGCAUUAUGCCACGUUGUUUGGAUACUUUGUUUCGCACUAUCUCAGGUUAUCAAGCCAAAAAGUUUAUAUUCAAGUCGGAUCAUUUAAAUAAUUUCGAAAUUCAGUUUGAAACUGACGCCCGUUUAGAGCGACAUAUAGAAAAUAAUGAAUACUUUAAACAAGGCUUAGAGAGAGAAGAUGCAGAUCCUCAGGACACUUGCGGUUUGACGCUCUUGCAAGGAAAAAACAAGGACAACGUCUAUGCGGUAUUUAUCACAUAUAUAGAAGUGUACAAUAACAGUGUUUAUGAUUUGCUAGAGGAAGAAAACAUCCAAAAAAGCUUGCAAAGUAGAAUUAUAAGAGAGGAUGCCAAUCACAAUAUGUUCGUACAUGGCGUAAGAGAAAUUGAAAUUAAAUCUGCUGAAGAAGCAAUUGAGGUUUUUCAAACUGGACAAAAACGUAAACGUAUGGGUCAUACGAUUCUAAAUGCGGAAUCUAGUCGUAGUCACUCAGUAUUUACCAUACGCCUAGCGCAGGCUCCUGCCAAUUCGCAAGAGGAGCUCGUUUCGCCGGAUACAAGGACUAUUACAAUUAGCCAAUUGUCUCUCGUAGAUUUAGCAGGCAGCGAACGUUCUUCACGCACAAAAAAUACUGGUUUGCGUUUAAGAGAGGCGGGCAACAUAAACAAAUCGUUAAUGACGUUGCGUACUUGUUUGGCAUAUCUGCGUGAGAAUCAACAGCAGACAAAUGCAGCUCCAAAAGUGAUACCAUAUCGGGACUCAAAGAUAACUCAUCUUUUUAAAAAUUAUUUCGAUGGAGAAGGUCAAGUCUCGAUGAUUGUGUGCAUAAAUCCCAGGGCAGAGGAUUACGAUGAGAAUGCUCAAGUUAUGAGAUUUGCUGAAAUGGCACAGGAGGUACAAAUAGUAAGAGCAACACCAAUUAAAAACAUCCUUGGCUUGACUCCGCGUGGUGGCAAGGCCAAUAAAAUAAGCAAAAUUGCCGUCAGCAAUUUGAAUAAAUUACAUAAUGCUGACGAGAAAAAUUUCGAUGCCGAUGUACGCUUAGACUGUCUACUUGGCCCUAGUUUUCCGGAGUACAAGAUCGGUACCCAAGCUCAAGCUGAAUCAUCUACACAAGAACUAACGCAAUAUUUACAACGACGUAUAGAAAGGAAGAAAGCACUGCGCAUUGAUUUGGAGUCGAAGUUCGAUCGUCUACAACUAUAUUUAAUGGAAAUUUUAAGCGAAAAUUCAUCGUUAAACUGUGAAUUGAAGUCACUGCACACUUCCUAUCAAAAAGAGCUGCAUCGUUUGGGUGCUUUGGAGAGCAAGAUACGUUUACACGAAAGUUCCAUAGACUAUCUUAACAAUAAGGUAAAACGUCGUGAACGUCAAAUUGAUGAUUUAAAGCGCCAAUUAAAACAUCAGCAGACUCUUUUGGAUAAAAAGGAUGAAGAGAAGGAACAUCAAAAGAAAAAAUUUAAUGCAAAGCUGACAGUAGAGAUGAAUAAGGAUGAGAAUCACAGCGAAGAGAGUAGUACCACGGAACAACCGUCCGCUAUUGAAUCUUUGCGAAUCGCGUCGGUCAUCACAACGAUAAGUACACCACGCAAUACAAAAUAUUUUACGCCCAGACCUAUUAGAGAUACGGUCGGUUCCGAUAAACGUCGUCGCCGUUUUCUUACUUCUGAUGAGGGUCACAUUAUCAAGCGUACCAGAAUUUAA